UUAGGCCACUUCCUGGGGGCGGAGAGGAACUGCGGCGGCUGCGGCGACACCCGGGGAGGCGGCGGCGCCCGGGCCCCGAGACUCCCGGCUGCUUCCAUCAGAGUCCUCCGGCGCUCCCGGCUGGCGCUGAGCGCGCAUCCCCGCUCCCCGGUGGACGGGGCGGCACCUGCGCCGCCCGCUCGCGUCAGCCCCGCCUCCGUCUCCGGAGACCCGCGCCGGAGCCAGGCCAGGCCUGCGACUGGCCCUCGGGGCCCUGCGUGGACUCGCCCGCGGCGACAGCGAUCUACCCGAGAACUCGGGAGCGGGGUCCUUCCAAGGGUCGGCCUGUGCUCGCCGCCGUCAUCUGCUGGUUGGAUUCCGGAAACCCGCUGUCUGAAGACCUCAGAGAGGAGUCGCUGACCCUCCGCCCAGAAUCGAAUGCGUCUGGACCGAAAUCUCCCUUCCCUCCCUGCCUGGCUUCUGUGCUUUUCAGCCGUUCUCUCAAGCUCUUGGCCGUGUCUGUGCCCGGAAACCGUCCCCCACUACCCAGGUAGCUGGGGUGAGCCCCAGAUCUUACUGCCUUGUGCUCCAGCCUGUGCAUCCAACCCAGACACAGUCUGAACUUUAUGACCCAAUUCUGCCCACACCCAGGGAGUUCUGCCUUUUCUUCUCUUUCGGUGUCUCCUGUACUCCCCAAAAUUUCGCCUCCUCCUGUGCCCUCUUCGCCCCCCUCUUUUGGGGGCCCUGUGACCCUGAAUGUGGGGGGCACACUAUAUUCCACCACUUUGGAGACCCUGACUCGCUUCCCAGACUCCAUGCUGGGGGCCAUGUUUAGGGCCGGCACCCCCAUAGCCCCCAACCUCAACCCGCAGGGAGGCGGCCACUACUUCAUUGACAGAGAUGGCAAGGCCUUCCGGCACAUCCUCAAUUUCCUGCGGCUGGGCCGCCUGGACCUGCCCCGCGGGUAUGGGGAGACAGCACUUCUCAGGGCAGAGGCGGACUUUUACCAGAUCCAGCCCCUCCUGGAUGCCCUGCGGGAACUGGAGGCCUCUCGGGGGGCCCCUGUACCCACGGCCGCCCUGCUCCACGCAGAUGUAGAUGCCAGCCCCCGCCUGGUGCAUUUCUCUGCUCGCCGGGGCCCACACCACUAUGAGCUGAGCUCUGUGCAAGUGGAUACCUUCCGAGCCAACAUCUUCUGCACCGACCCCGAGUGCCUGGGUGCCAUGCGGGCCCGAUUUGGGGUGGCCAGUGAGGACAGGGCAGAGGGAGGCCCACACUUUCGUCUGGAGUGGGCUCCCUGUCCCGCAGAACUCCCCGAGGUGGAGUAUAGGAGACUGGGGCUGCAGCCUCUGUGGACUGGGGGUACUGGAGAGCUCCGGGAGGUGGUGGGCACGCCAGGCUUCCUGGAGGAGGUGCUGCGGGUGGCUCUGGAGCACGGCUUCCGUCUAGACUCCGUCUUCCCUGACCCCGAAGACCUGCUCAAUUCGCGAUCUCUGCGCUUCGUGCGGCACUGAGCCCGCGGCCCUCCCAUCUGACUGGGGUGGGGGGAGAGGAUGGACAGCAAAGGGAAUGAAGGCCCCCCGGAAGCCUCUUCUUAGCUCUGCCUCUGGAGCUGUGAGAGUCAGGGGCCCCACUGCUUCUGACUGGAGCCCAGGUGUGGGCAGCAAUUCCCAAGUCUGAGCCUGCUGAGGGCUCACAAGCCACAUGAUGGGUCUGGACUGGUGCUAAUCCUGGGAGGGGUGGGGAAGGUUCCCAGGCUUGCUCCAGCCUGAGGCUGGCAGCCUCUGGCGUCUCCUUGUUGGAGCUCAGUAUUCAGCGUUCUAGAAAAGUAGGGACACCUCUCUGCCCAGGCUAGGCCUAGCAGGACCCUGGAGGGACACUGAAGUGUGGGAGAAAGACUUUGGAUUGCUGCGAUGUGGUCUCCUGGACCGUGGCUUCUCCUGCCACUGGAUGGGCCUGGCCUGGCCUGACCAAAGAGGGGCCAGAACAGUCUGGAAUAUGGGAAGGGGGAUUCUUUGCUGUGUCUCAGGUCACCUAGUGAGGGAGACAGAAAAGCUACACCCUACCCUAGGUUGGCAUAAGGGAGCUAGGAGAAUCCUCAUUUACUGUGAGGCUGGAGCCCCAUACUCUAGAGAGCCAAGUGUUUUCAAGGGCCCCAUAUUGAUGGAGUUGGCCACAGGGAAGAGGGUAGCAUCUUCUCGGGGCUUGGCCUUACUUCGUUCACAUUCACAGUGUGUCUGAGCGACGCUGGGUCUCUGCCGUCUGCAUUGGCGGAGACUGUAUGUGUUUGCCGGUCUUUCUGCGGUCCCUGCGUGUCCAGGCCUGUUUGGGGUUGCCCAGCAACUCUUCUGGCACCGUGUGUCUGUGGUACGGUGU